AUGGCGGAAACGCUGGAUAGGACGCCGAACCAGACAUCGCCGACGCGUUCGAGGUCGGUGACGGAGACGGUGAACGGGUCGCACCGGUUCGUGAUACAGGGAUACUCUCUGGCGAAAGGCAUGGGCGUCGGUAAACACAUAGCGAGCGAAGAAUUCACGGUGGGAGGGUACAAAUGGGCCAUUUAUUUCUACCCCGACGGCAAGAACCCCGAGGAUAACUCCACCUACGUCUCGGUGUUCAUUGCACUGGCGAGCGAGGGUACUGAUGUGCGGGCGCUCUUCGAGCUCACGCUCAUGGACCAGAGCGGGAAAGGGAAGCAUAAGGUGCAUAGCCAUUUCGAUAGGUCGCUCUAG